AUGUCCAGUAGAGAAAUAUACUAUUCCGAAAAAUAUUAUGACGAAGAACAUGAGUACAGACAUGUUGUACUACCUAAGGAAAUGGUAAAAUUGGUGCCAAAAAAUCAUCUUAUGUCUGAGCAGGAAUGGCGCAGCAUUGGAGUGCAGCAAAGCCAAGGCUGGGUACAUUAUAUGACACAUCAACCUGAACCCCAUAUCUUACUAUUUAGAAGAAAGAAGACAACUCCACCAGAGAAAAAGUAA